UUCUGACUGAGAAAAACAGAUAAAACUCAAAGAAACAAAAGCUUAUAAUAAAAAUCGAUCAUUGAUUGCAGCUACAAGGACAUCUCAAUCCAACCCAGGGUUUGUUCACAAUGACGACUUCUGUUUGCCCUUUCUCCAAAACUGCUCGAAAACAAGGCGACACGACUCCUUCCGCUUGCCCUUUCUCCAAAUCUGAUGCCUCCUCUGCUCGGAAGCAAGGCGAAAGUAAAGGAUGUCUUGAAAAGGAAGGAAAGUUGAAUAAAGAUGACUCUAACACUACUGAUUCUGCAACGGUUCCUGCCAAGUGUCCGUUUGGUUAUGACUCCCAAACGUUUAAGCUUGGGCCUUUUAGUUGUAUGUUAUGUCAAGCGCUUUUGUAUGAGAGUAGUAGAUGUGUGCCUUGUACACAUGUCUUUUGCAAGGUGUGUGUGUCACGGUUUAAGGACUGUCCUUUAUGUGGUGCUGACGUGGAGAGUAUUGAAGCUGAUGAAAGCCUUCAGAAGAUGGUUGAUCAGUUUAUUGAAGGGCAUGCUAGAAUCAAGAGGUCUGUUGUGAAUAGCGGAGAUGAAGGAGAGGUUGAGAGUGAUGACAAAAAGGUGAUUUAUGCUGAUGUUUCCAUGGAGAGAGGUUCUUUCUUGGUGCAACAAGCUAUGAGGGCAUUUCAAGCUCAGAACUAUGAAAGUGCUAAAUCAAGAUUGGUGAUGUGUGCUGAGGACAUUCGAGAUCAAUUAAGGAGGGAGGGCAAUACACCAGAGUUGUGUUCACAGCUUGGUGCGGUCCUUGGUAUGCUCGGCGACUGCAGCCGAGCAAUGGGAGACUCAAGCUCUGCGGUCAAUCAUUUCGAAGAGAGUAUUGAGUUCCUUAUGAAACUGCCGAUGGAUGAUUUGGAGAUUACACAUACACUUUCUGUCUCGCUCAAUAAAAUAGGAGAUCUCAAGUAUUAUGGCGAAGACCUACAAGCUGCAAGGUCGUAUUACUACCGUGCUUUAAAUGUUAGACGUGAUGCAGUGAAGCAUCAUCCAAAUGCUCCUUCACAAAUUCUGGAUGUGGCGGUAUCCUUAGCCAAAGUUGCAGAUAUAGACAGGGCUCUACAAAAUGAGGCUGCAGCCACAGAUGGUUUCAAGGAAGGCAUGAAACUGCUGGAAUCUUUGAAACUGGACUCUGAAGAUUCUGCUGCUCUCGAGCAACGACGUCUCUCUGUGCUGGAGUUUCUGAAGAAGCAAGUAGAGAAGCCUGAACAGUCUGCGGAAACUGCGAGCUAAACUGAUGCAAGCUUAUGUAAGUAUAUAUAUAGACUGUACUAUACCACUGUCGCAUUUUGGCUGAAAUAAAAGAACGAGACAGCGAAAAUGUUGUGUUUGCGCUCAAGGAUCAAAGAAACAGAGUGGUCUGAUCUUGUGAUGGUUUCAAAAUUGUAUACACUCUGAACUAUUAUGAAGAAUUUGUGUGUAAGAAUGUAAGAGAUGUUGAAGAAUCUGAGUGGUUGUUACUUCUUGGUAGAUUAGAUAUGUUAAGUGGCUAACUACAGCUGUGAAACUGCUUUCUGUGUUCCUUUGAAUGUAGAAUGAAAAAGACCAAACAGAGAUUGAGUCAUGUAUUGCUCAUGUCUCUAGUAGGGUUGGGCAAAAUAUCUGGACCUAAAAACUAAACCGAAUUCGA